CUAUUUAAAACUCUAAUGAGCAACCUGAUACAGGUUCAUACACUUGCCUGGUACCUUUUAGCGAAGGAGUAACACGUACAACCUCACCAGUUACUCCAGUUUGUCAGAAGAACGAGGAAACCAUUUUAAAGCCCUGAACAUUAUGGUAGAGAAAUCGAUAAGACUUGCACUUUGCUUGUUAUGUUUUAUCCUGUGCCAUUCAUUCAGUGCUUUGGCCGCUGCACCCGACGAGAACGCGCAACUGAAAGAUGAUGCCGAGGACAACUUCUCAAUGGAUCCAGAGCUGCUUCAUGACCGAAUCAAGUACAACGUGCGAAAGUCUUUCGAUCUUGAUGACGACGGCUGUUACCUCCAACCUGGGAAAAAGGAAAGCAUUGAGGAGUGUGGCUUUAACGCCACAGUCAAGACCAUUCUGAUCAUCCACGGCUGGACGAUGAGUGGGAUGUUUGAGAGCUGGAUGCACAAGCUGGUGGCUGCUGUUCAGAGGCGGGAGUCGGAGGCUAACGUGGUAGUGGUCGACUGGCUGGGCCUGGCCCACCAGCUUUACCCUGAUGCCGUUAACCAUACCCGCCGGGUCGGGCAGAGCAUUGCAACCCUUUUGGACUGGCUCCAGGAAGAAGUGCAGCUACAACUUGAGGACGUGCAUAUGAUUGGAUACAGUCUUGGUGCUCAUGUUGCUGGAUAUGCUGGAACUUUUGUAAAAGGAAUUGGACGUAUAACAGGUUUAGACCCAGCUGGCCCCAUGUUUGAGGGGGCAGAGUCCCACAAGAGGCUUUCUCCUGAUGACGCAGACUUCGUCGACGUCCUGCACACAUACACACGGGGAGCUUUGGGCGUCAGUAUUGGGAUCCAGGAACCUAUUGGACACAUCGAUAUUUAUCCCAAUGGGGGAGAUGUACAGCCAGGCUGUUCCUUAGGAGAUGUGCUGUCCACCGCUGCUGCAGGAAACUUUGUGGAAGUCAUGAAGUGUGAACAUGAGCGGGCAGUGCAUCUCUUCGUGGACUCCCUCAUGAGCAAAGACCACGUGAGCUACGCUUUUCAAUGUACCGGCCCUGAUCGCUUCAAGAAGGGCAUCUGCUUGAGCUGCAGGAAGAACCGCUGCAACAGCAUCGGUUACAAUGCCAAGAAAAUGCGUAAGAGGAGAAACAGCAAAAUGUACCUGAAGACUCGCGCAGACACACCUUUUGGUGGUUACCACUAUCAGAUGAAGAUGCAUGUGUUCGACAGAAAGAACGCCGAUGAUGCAGAUCCUACUUUCUACGUCAAACUACACGGAUCCCAUAAUGAUACCACUGACCUCAGUGUAGACAUUGCCGACGGAGUUGGUCUGAAUCUCACGAACACAUUUCUCGUCUUCACUGAAGAGGACAUCGGUGAUCUGCUGAAGAUUUCUCUUCGCUGGGAAGGCCCUUCUGAUUCCUGGACGUCUGUGUUAAAACACCUUAAGUCGUCGUUCUGGUCAUGGUCGGGUUCACAAAACAAAAAAGUUCUGGAGGUUCGAAGGAUCAGAGUCAAAGCAGGAGAAACGCAGAAAAAGUUCACCUUCUGUGCUGAAGCGACAGAGAUAUCGCCUGGGCAAGAAGUUACAUUUCUUAAAUGUCGUGAUGGCUGGGAAGUGAAACCUAGAAAACGAUUGCACUACUGAGAGGAAGCGCUGUUACCUAGGGACCCAAGGCGAUGAGGGGCCUGAGCACUUUUGUUUGUUUUGGUACACAUUUGGUGGGAUAAAGCACCAUAUUUCUUUGGGUGGGUAGAACACAGCUUGUGCUGCUUAAAUGGCCAGCUCGAAUGGGUGAUGACUGGUUACUGGACUUGCUCAGGGCAUUUUUUUUUUUCUACCGUUGGGAAGUUCUGAAUUGUGAGAUUCUUUUGAUACUAUUGUAUGUUUUCUACUGUUGUGUUCAGAAUGUCCGUUUUGUGGAUCUCCGACUGUUCCUUAACAACGCAGUACAUGUUGUUAUAUUUUUGUACGUUUUUAAUUUAUGAAGGAGAAAAAAAAGCACUGUAAAACCAAGCUUAUUUAUCAACCUAAUGCACACCUUGUACCAAGGCAUAAAUGAAUUCUCUCCCAAGUUUCCUGGUGACCACUUUUACGUCUGUAGGUGUCUGUGGAUUUCAACAGGAAGGAUUUUAUGUGAGUUCACAGUAUUAUUUAAGGUCAGAAGAAUGGAGAGAACCGCUCUUUGUCUUCAUAAAUAUGUUGCACAUUUUGUGCCUUGUUCUGUACAUGGUUUAUGUAUAUAAUGUGAAUAAAACGUAAUAAUUUGUAAUAAAAUUACUUUGGAUUCAAA